AAAAUUUGUAAUCAGUGGAGGUGUGGCCAAAAUUUUUCUUUUUCACAAAGCCGGAACUGGAAAAUUUGGCGAAAUGUCUGCAACACUAAAACCAUAUUUAACCGCAGUUCGCCACACGCUCACAGCUGCAAUGUGCCUAGAAAAUUUCUGCUCACAAGUUGUAGAAAGACAUAACAAGCCUGAAGUGGAGGUUAGGACUUCAAAGGAGCUACUGCUUACCCCCGUGGUUAUUUCUCGCAAUGAGAAAGAAAAAGUGCUAAUCGAGUCUUCGAUAAAUUCUAUCAGAAUCAGUAUAGCCGUGAAACAAGCCGAUGAAAUCGAGAAAAUCCUGUGUAAAAAAUUCAUGAGAUUUAUGAUGAUGAGGGCUGAAAAUUUCAUCGUUCUGCGGCGCAAACCUAUCGAAGGAUACGACAUCAGUUUUCUUAUAACAAAUUUCCAUACGGAGCAGAUGUACAAGCACAAGUUGGUUGACUUUGUGAUACACUUCAUGGAAGAAAUUGAUAAGGAGAUAUCGGAAAUGAAACUAGCUAUGAAUGCAAGAGCUAGAAUUGUGUCUGAAGAGUUCUUAAAACAUUUUUAAUAGCAUUCAUUGAUAUUCCAAUGGGUGUUAGGUGCUGAUAUUUUGAAUGACACACAAGUGAUUAUAAGUGAAACUUUAAAAGCAAUCUUUACCAUUUUUGCAAUUGCUAUGACAAGCUUCUAUCACCAAAGUUUAAAAUCAAGAGAUACAGAUAAAACUGCUCUGUUAAUAAUUGUUGUUUUAUUUGUAAAAUUUGGAGGAAAUGUUAAUUCGAUAAUAUGAUUGUAGUGUGUUGAUAAAAUGAUGCAGAUGAGGCUCUAUCAUCAUUCUUAUAUAAAAAUACAUCAGUAAUUCUACCAUAACACAUUUAUUUUUGAGAUACAAAAAAAAAAGGUAUAUGAAAGAUAAAUACAACACAAAUUAACUGUUUCCAAAAACAUCUUUUAUAUGAAAAUAUUUAUUAUAUGUUUUAUGGAAAAUAUUGCAUCUCUAAGAAGUAUUUUUUUAAAUAUAAGAAAUUUGGAAAAUAACAGGUCUGAGUAUAGAGGACCAUUCUAUAAAAUUUUCCAGAUCUUUUUGUGUAAAAUUCAUAAAUUUGCUGAAAAUAAGAUACUCGUACUUGCUACACUAGCCCUUUACUAUCAUAUUUUAAAAAUUUUUGCUCAGACCUUAAAAACAAG